UUUUAUUAAUUAAAUUAAAAGUUGAAUUGGCUUGACGCUUGGAACUACUGCUGCUCAGUCGGGAUGAAAUUGGCUUCGGUUUCGGACUACGAUGAACUGCGCUGCCUCUCGAAAAUGGUCAAUCGAUACCCUGCAGCAGUGUACCCGCAUCAAACAAACCGUGACUUCUGGACUUCUGGCUCGAAUCUGGACUGCGCCGGGCCUCAUUUUUGGUGCUCGGAAGGCGAAAAAUGGCGUCAGGAUGAUUUUCCAGGCGAAAACUGGAAGGGAGGACGGCCGCCAUCGCAAGUGGCCGGCAACUGCAUUUUCAUCAACCUGUCAAACAGCUCCAUUCUUGGAGCCGAACUCUGUUCUGUUGAAAAACAAUUUCUCUGCGAGGUCUUGGGAAAUGAAAACAAAUCGAUGCGGAUCAAGGAAACUUGCAAGGAACUUUGGGACGUCAGCGACCAGGAAAUCGAUGAUCAAAUUUUGAACGCGUCCGCCCUCCAAGCGCCGAGCAAAAGGAAUUUGAUGUGCUACAUCCGAUGCUGCGGCGUUCGGGGCGAAGUCAUUAAGUACGGACAGCUGAUGACCGAGCUUAUAAUUCGCAACCUUGAGGACCUGACUGUCGACGACCCAGCCCUGAUGCAGUCCUCCUUCGACGGACUCGACAAAUGCACUUCAAUUCGCCACGACGACGAGUGCAAAAUGUUCUCCGAAUCGUAUUACUGCGGCAAAAGGACGGAUCCAACCCUGACAACGGCCCUCCUGGACGCCAACAAAGGAGGAUCAACCGUGGGUUUAUUUAAAUAA